AAAACACACAUUUUAGCGGGAAUCUGGUUACCAAGUGUCAACCAGAAACAAAGGUUCCUGACUGUCAUAAGAUGGGUCUAUGCUUCUCCGGUGCUCCAUCACUUCACUCCUCUUCGCUCAACAACACUCACUGUUCAGGCAAGUUAUCAAAUUUUCCGUGUCCUUUCGGUAUCAAAUUCUCCUUUCCUUUUAUAUUCCUCCCAAAAGAGGAAUUGAGUCGUCCCUUUUUCCUUCGAUUCGAAUCUUGCCAUGAGGGUUGGGUUCCUCUGUUUUCAGGUUCAUCAGACAUUCACGGCAGCAAAGUGGAGUCCUCCGCAAUCACCACAAUCAGAGAGACUCAGUCUUCCGUGAUUACCAGAGGAAGCAUCGACAGCCUAUGCUCUCGUUCUCCUCCUCCUCCUCUUUCUCGUUUCAUUCCUCCUUCUCUUCUUUCUUUUCCCCGUAGACGGAUUCUGAAAUCGCCCGAGUUGAAGGUGUUCAGUUUUGAGGAGCUGAAAUCUGUCACAAGGAAUUUCUGGUCCGACAGAUUGCUCGGUGAAGGAAAGUUUGCCCGAGUUUACAAGGGAUGGGUGGAUGAGAACACCCUCACCCCCGUCAAACCAGGCUCUGGAGUGGUAGUUGCCAUCAAAAUGUUAAACCCGGAAAGUUCUAAAGGCUUUCAACUGUGGCAGUCUGAGGUAACCAUUUUAGGAAGGCUUUCUCACCCCAACUUGGUGAGGUUAUUGGGUUAUUGUUGGGAUGAGAAUCAGUUUCUUCUUGUGUAUGAGUUCAUGUCAAAGGGAAGCUUAGAGUGGCAUCUAUUCGGAAGAAAUCGUAGGAGGGAAUCACUUUCUUGGAACACCCGGAUUAAAAUAGCUAUCGGUGCAGCUCGGGGAUUAACUUUCUUACAAGGCAACGAAAAUAAAGUCAUAUUCGGAGACUUCAGGACCUCAAGUAUACUUCUCGACGGGAAUUACAAUGCAAAAUUAUCAGAUUUUGGAUCGGCUAAAUUGUGGCCUCCUGGAGGACAAUCACACGUAGAUACCAGGGUCUUUGGCACCAUUGGCUAUGCUGCUCCAGAAAUUUUCACAACAGGUCAAUUGUAUGUGACGAGUGAUGUGUAUGGAUUUGGUGUAGUGCUUCUUGAAAUACUCACAGGCAUGAGGGCACUUGACAAAAGAAGGCCAACAGGGCAGGAGAAUCUAGUUGAAUGGACCAAGCCUUUUCUCUCUUCCGGAGAAAAGUUGAAAAACAUAAUGGAUGGUGGGAUAGAGGGUCAAUAUUCACAAAAGGAAGCAUUUGAAGCAGCACAACUUGCUCUAAAAUGCCUAAAGCCUGACCCUAGACAACGUCCUUCAAUGAAACAAGUACUUGAGCGAUUGGAAGCCAUUGAAACCAUCCAUGAAAAUUCCAAAGAAUCCAAAACCCGCAAUUCUCAUCAACAUUCCCGGCAGAGAGUUAUGAGGGUAUAAAUAAAUUUGUAUACAAAAAAAUCCACUAGAAACUGUGAUGAAUAGUAAUAUGGUCUUUGAUGUUGGAUCAAUCGCUCAAUGCAACUGAUUUUUUUUU